ACCAUAGGGCUUGGCUUAGAGAAGAUGAUAAAGAGAGGAAACAAGCUGCCUAUCCAAGUGGCUGAAGGGAAGAAAAGACCUGAUGUCCCACUUCAAGCAGCGAAGCUGGCAUCAGAAACUGGUGUAGCUCUUAGAGACAAGCUGCCUAUCUACAAAUCUUGGAAGCUUUAUGAAAAAGAUGGGGGGCCAGUAGAAGUACAAAAAGUGCUUGAUAAAGUGGCGAAUAGGUUGGAUGUGGAUGUUAAGAAUGAUGGACCAAGCAAAUCUGCAUGCACUGAUAUCAUUAAGAAGGGAGUAAAGCAGCAGAGGUAUCACCUAAAAAGGAAGUACUUCGACGAGUCCCUGACAAUGGAACAGCUGUUGGCCAAAGAACCUCCACCUAAAAUGAAGAAAGAGGAGUGGAUCCAGCUCGUAAAGUACUGGUGCCUGUGA